AUGCGAAAGGUCGAGACACUGAGAACUCGUUCCAGGUCUCUUAUGGACGAAGGGGUAGCAGAACCCGUAGCUUCUCAGACACGUUUGGAGGCACCAGCAGGAAACGCACAGCAGGAGCAGUCUGUUUGCAUGAUGCGGGCCGAGACACUGAGAGGUCAUUCCAGCAGGGGAAUGGACCUACGGGGUAGUGCUGUUGCGUCUGCAGAGCAGCAGCAGCAGGUGGUGGAAAUGAGACGAGCCGAGACGCUGAGAGGUCAGUCUAGCAAAGGAUUCGACCUACGGGGUAUUGCUGUUGCGGCUGCAGAGCAGCAGCAGCAGGUGGUGGAAAUGAGACGAGCCGAGACGCUGAGAGGUCAGUCUAGCAAAGGAUUCGACCUACGGGGUAUUGCUGUUGCGGCUGCAGAGCAGCAGCAGCAGGUGGUGGAAAUGAGACGAGCCGAGACGCUGAGAGGUCAGUCUAGCAAAGGAUUCGACCUACGGGGUAUUGCUGUUGCGGCUGCAGAGCAGCAGCAGCAGGUGGUGGAAAUGAGACGAGCCGAGACGCUCAGAGGAGCGUCUAAAUCCUACUCUAAGGAUAGUGCUGUCGAGAAGCAACAGCCAGUUGAUAUGCGGCGAGCAGAGACACUUAGAGGGCGGCGGGGGUCAGACUUGAGGGGUAGUGCUUUAGAGCAGCAGCAGUGGCAGCGGCAGCAGCAGCAGCAGCAGCAGCAGAAGCCAGUUGAAAUGCGGCGAGCAGAGACGCUGAGAGGGAGGCCUGAAACCAUGCAAGUUGAUCCAACGGCUCAGAUUAAAGGCGAUUACCGGGACAUGAGGCGAUCUGAGACGCUCAGAGGGCGGGCAAGAUCUGCCCAGUUGGAUCCGACGGUUCAGAUUCAAAGCAGGCUGGAGAUGAGGCGAGCAGAGACAGUGAGAGGGAGCGUGAGAUCAGACCUAUUGGGUGGUGCUAUGGAGCAGCAGCAACAGCCAAUCGGAAUGCGGCGAGCAGAGACUCUGAGAGGAUGGCCGGGAACCAUGCACGUGGAUCCGACGGCUCAGAUGAAAGGCGAUUAUCGGGAGAUGAGGCGAUCAGAGACGCUCAGGGGGAGGGCGAGAUCCAAUUCAGUGAUUUUACCCUCUCAGGGCGAACCACCGAGUUUUGAGACGUCUCAAAGCUCGGAGGAUUUACUCUCUCAGGGCGAACCCAAGGCGUUACCCACCCAUGUGGAUCCAACGGUCCAGAAUGGAGGAGAUUAUCGAGAGAUGCGGCGAGCAGAGACGCUGAGAGGGAGAGCAAGAUCCAAUUCAGUGGAUUUACCCUCUCAGGGCGAACCCCAGGCGACACCCACCCAAGUGACUUGUGAGUCGACUCAAGAGGUCCAAAAUGGAGGCGAUUAUCGGGAGAUGCGGCGAGCAGAGACGCUGAGAGGGAGAGCGAGGUCCAAUUCAGUGGAUUUACUCUCUCAGGGCGAAAUGGGGGGUAUGGGGCGUGCGGACACGCUUCAUGGACGGUCCAGAUCGAUCCAAGCAGAUCCUGCGGCUCAGAAUGGUCCUGUGGAGCAGGAGCAGUGCUUAAUUAAGCGACGGGGAAGGAGUGUUUCCAGUCUCUCCCCUCACAGUGUGUCCCCAUCUGGUUUCCCUCCUGUCCGCCUGUCUCCCCACAGUGUCUCUCCUCACAAUGUGUCUCCUUACAGUGUGUCUCCUUACAGUGUGUCUCAUUACAGUGUGUCCCCAUCUUGUCUGCCGCCUCCUCACAAUGUGUCUCCUUAUAGCGUGUCUCCUUAUAGCAUGCCUCCUCACAGCGUGUCUCCUUAUAGUGUCUCUCCUCACAGUGUCUCCCCGUAUAACGUGUCUCCUGCGAUGGUGUCUCCUUGCGGUGUGGAUGUGUGUGCAACGAUACUAGAGCCAAGUCCGGGGAGAGUCGCACACACAGCAACACAUAGAGAAAGGAGCAGGAGCAUAAGCAGCUCUGGGGAGGAGGAGAGUGUGGGGAUGAUGAGGCGAGGGGAGAGCAGUGUUGGUUCUUCUGCUGCUGCUACUACUGCUGCUGCUGCUGAUAUGGGAGAUGGUGCCUGGAGGAGCAGACUCAGGAGCACUUCAGGGGAGGAGAGUGAGGGGAUGAGGCGGGGGAAGAGUGGUGGUAGUGGUGGCGGUGCUGCUGCUGCUGCUGCUGCUGCGGCUGCUGCUGCUGCGGCGGCUGCUGAUGUGGGAGAUGGUACCUGGAGGAGCAGAAGCAGGAGCACUUCAGGGGAGGAGGAAAGUGAAGGCACGAGGCUAAGGGAGAGUGGGGGGGAGCAGGAGCAGGAGCAGGAGCAGGAGCAGGAGCAGGAGCAGGAGCAGGAGCAGGAGCAGGAGCAGGAGCAGGAGCAGGAGCAGGAGCAGGAGCAGGAGCAGGAGCAGGAGCAGGAGCAGGAGCAGGAGCAGGAGCAGGAGCAGGAGCAGGAGCAGGAGCAGGAGCAGGAGCAGGAGCAGGAGCAGGAGCAGGAGCAGGAGCAGGAGCAGGAGCAGGAGCAGGAGCAGGAGCAGGAGCAGGAGCAGGAGCAGGAGCAGGAGCAGGAGCAGGAGCAGGAGCAGGAGCAGGAGCAGGAGCAGGAGCAGGAGCAGGAGCAGGAGCAGGAGCAGGAGCAGGAGCAGGAGCAGGAGCAGGAGCAGGAGCAGGAGCAGGAGCAGGAGCAGGAGCAGGAGCAGGAGCAGGAGCAGGAGCAGGAGCAGGAGCAGGAGCAGGAGCAGGAGCAGGAGCAGGAGCAGGAGCAGGAGCAGGAGCAGGAGCAGGAGCAGGAGCAGGAGCAGGAGCAGGAGCAGGAGCAGGAGCAGGAGCAGGAGCAGGAGCAGGAGCAGGAGCAGGAGCAGGAGCAGGAGCAGGAGCAGGAGCAGGAGCAGGAGCAGGAGCAGGAGCAGGAGCAGGAGCAGGAGCAGGAGCAGGAGCAGGAGCAGGAGCAGGAGCAGGAGCAGGAGCAGGAGCAGGAGCAGGAGCAGGAGCAGGAGCAGGAGCAGGAGCAGGAGCAGGAGCAGGAGCAGGAGCAGGAGCAGGAGCAGGAGCAGGAGCAGGAGCAGGAGCAGGAGCAGGAGCAGGAGCAGGAGCAGGAGCAGGAGCAGGAGCAGGAGCAGGAGCAGGAGCAGGAGCAGGAGCAGGAGCAGGAGCAGGAGCAGGAGCAGGAGCAGGAGCAGGAGCAGGAGCAGGAGCAGGAGCAGGAGCAGGAGCAGGAGCAGGAGCAGGAGCAGGAGCAGGAGCAGGAGCAGGAGCAGGAGCAGGAGCAGGAGCAGGAGCAGGAGCAGGAGCAGGAGCAGGAGCAGGAGCAGGAGCAGGAGCAGGAGCAGGAGCAGGAGCAGGAGCAGGAGCAGGAGCAGGAGCAGGAGCAGGAGCAGGAGCAGGAGCAGGAGCAGGAGCAGGAGCAGGAGCAGGAGCAGGAGCAGGAGCAGGGCAGGCAGGAGCAGGAGCAGGAGCAGGAGCAGGAGCAGGAGCAGGAGCAGGAGCAGGAGCAGGAGCAGGAGCAGGAGCAGGAGCAGGAGCAGGAGCAGGAGCAGGAGCAGGAGCAGGAGCAGGAGCAGGAGCAGGAGCAGGAGCAGGAGCAGGAGCAGGAGCAGGAGCAGGAGCAGGAGCAGGGCAGGCAGGAGCAGGAGCAGGAGCAGGAGCAGGAGCAGGAGCAGGAGCAGGAGCAGGAGCAGGAGCAGGAGCAGGAGCAGGAGCAGGGAGCAGGAGCAGGAGCAGGAGCAGGAGCAGGAGCAGGAGCAGGAGCAGGAGCAGGAGCAGGAGCAGGAGCAGGAGCAGGAGCAGGAGCAGGAGCAGGAGCAGGAGCAGGAGCAGGAGCAGGAGCAGGAGCAGGAGCAGGAGCAGGAGCAGGAGCAGGAGCAGGAGCAGGAGCAGGAGCAGGAGCAGGAGCAGGAGCAGGAGCAGGAGCAGGAGCAGGAGCAGGAGCAGGAGCAGGAGCAGGAGCAGGAGCAGGAGCAGGAGCAGGAGCAGGAGCAGGAGCAGGAGCAGGAGCAGGAGCAGGAGCAGGAGCAGGAGCAGGAGCAGGAGCAGGAGCAGGAGCAGGAGCAGGAGCAGGAGCAGGAGCAGGAGCAGGAGCAGGAGCAGGAGCAGGAGCAGGAGCAGGAGCAGGAGCAGGAGCAGGAGCAGGAGCAGGAGCAGGAGCAGGAGCAGGAGCAGGAGCAGGAGCAGGAGCAGGAGCAGGAGCAGGAGCAGGAGCAGGAGCAGGAGCAGGAGCAGGAGCAGGAGCAGGAGCAGGAGCAGGAGCAGGAGCAGGAGCAGGAGCAGGAGCAGGAGCAGGAGCAGGAGCAGGAGCAGGAGCAGGAGCAGGAGCAGGAGCAGGAGCAGGAGCAGGAGCAGGAGCAGGAGCAGGAGCAGAGCAGGAGCAGGAGCAGGAGCAGGAGCAGGAGGCAGGAGCAGGAGCAGGAGCAGGAGCAGGAGCAGGAGCAGGAGCAGGAGCAGGAGCAGGAGCAGGAGCAUGA